AUGGCCGCAGCACCAACCCUCACCGACCUCCUCGUCAUCGGCGGCGGGCCUGCCGGGCUGUCCGCCGCGACAAUGUUCGCGCGCACCCUGCGCCCCGGGGUACUGUACGAUUCAGGCGUGUACCGCAACGCGCCGGCCAAGGAGUCGCACACGAUCCCCGGCUUCGACGGCGCCGACCCCGCCGCGUACCGCUCCAAGGCUGCUGCCGAUCUCGCGCGGUACACCAACAUCGAGGUGCGUAAGGGCAAGAUUGUGAACCUCGUCCGCGACGACAAGGGGUUCACGGCGACGGAUGCCGACGGCCGCGUGACUACCGCGCGCAAGGUCGUGCUUGCCACUGGCGUCAAAGACAACCUGCCCCCUAUCCCAGGCUUGGCCGCCCAAUGGGGCCGCCGCGCGCUCCACUGCAUCUUCUGCCACGGCACCGAGACGGCCAACGCGCGCAUGGGCUUCCUGCUCACCCCGCCGGCCGAGGGCAAGGUGCCGAACGCGGUGAUCGUCGGCAUGAUCCUCAGCGUGUGGGCCGCGAUCCCUUAUCCGGCCAAGUACCUCUUCACGCACGGCAUGGACACGAGCACGGAGCAGGGGGCGAAGGACGCCGGUAUCUGGGGACUGGAGGACGUGCUCUCUAUGCGCGGGUUCACGGUCGUCAACGACAAGAUUGAGCGCAUUGAGGACACGGGCGACAGCCUCUCGGUCGAGUUUGGCUCGCGCGAGGCUGUGCCCGUCGCCAACCUGCUCGUCGUGCCCGACUCGUCCGAGCCCAAUGGUGAUGCCAAGGCAUGGCUCACCGAGGGCCUGCUUGGCGGCGCCAUCGGCUUCGGCGGCGCGCUGCCCCCCAUCGGGCCCGACGCGCCGCCCGCCGCCAUGCCGCCCCGCGGCGGCGUCGACCCGCGCACGCCCACUCCGGGCCUCUUCUGGGCCGGCAACGCGGGCUCGCCGGCGUGUAAUGUCGCCAUGGCGGCGAGCCACGGCCAGGUCGCUGCUGCUGUCGCCGCGCACGAGAUUGGCUCCGAGGACGUCGCGACGGCCAAGGUCGUCAUCCCCAAGAUGCACGCCGCGAUGGGCCGGAGGCACUAG